AUGUCGAAGGUAACGGUAGAUAAGCAAAUUGUGAACUCCGAAUGCGGCAGUGCAUCUCUCAAUGAACACUUUUUCCCCGCAUAUUCAGGUGAUGUGUUUUGCAAUGGGGAGCGGUCGUCCCAAGUCAGCCAGUUACCGAGACCGCUGGUGGCGGGGGACAACGGACCUACUUGGCAGUGCGUUAAAGUGCGUCAAAUUCUGUCCACUUCCGAACGCCUACAUUCAUCGCGAGCCGCAUAUAACGUUGGUCUGACUCCCACUCCUGUUGAGCAUCUUCGUUUCCAGACAAUUCGAGCAAAAGUGCGGCACCACAAGACGUGGACCUCCGACACGACCUCCGAACUUACGGACACAUCGUUUAUUAACUGCCUUAAGUUUCCGCCAGUGCUUUGUAGCGCAUGUCAGUCGCAGUUCUGGUGCCCGACUAGCUCAUUUGCAUUGGCUCUUGAGAGCGACGCGUUUUGUACGAGUGACGUCACACAGAUACCUCCAUGUUGCCACUAUCUUCGACCGCACACCCACCGUCUUGUCGUGGCGCUGAGAGCGCGGGAUUUGACUCAGACGCAUACCACAACACGUCGUACCCAGCACAGCAUUUCCCUUAGCCCCUGUGCGAAUGCAGGCAUCAUCGAUCGGUGCAAAAAUGCGACGUACACGUGUGGGUUGUCGCGUCGCCGUUCGCACUGCUUGCACGUCUACGCGCACACGGCCGCCCGCGCGUACGUGCGCGCGUGCGUGCAUGCGCGUCCGGAUGCCCACAACCAGUUGCGCAGUUUGCACGAUACUACUGAAGCACGUUCAGCGAUCAUUUUAAUGGGCAGUGUCGCCGCGGUUUCCCAAAUUCUGCCAAAGAGCAUCUUUUCCCAGGCUACCUACCCACCAGUUCAUGUUUGCAGUGAAACCAAGGAGCUUAAGAGGUCUGAGCACCGUGUUCGUCGAUUUCCAACGUCAACUCGGCCUAACGGCGGCCCUCGUGUUACUGGGACACGCUGGGCGAAGUUGUCAAUCACGGUUCGCGUCGGACGACUGCUGCACGCCACACACGGCCGGCCGACCAAUCAAACUCCUGCCUGA